CUCCGUUUCUCCGCUGCAGGCAGGACAGAUCAUGCCCCACCCCAAAAAAAAAAGCAACUGAUGUGACAGUCUUUAGACAAACAGACGCCUGCAUAUGACAGGAAAGCCAGUUGGACAAACAGCCUGCUUCUCUGUGAUUCUCACAUGGGAAAAAAUCAACUUGAGAAGGAAGCUAAUGUCAUUAGUGUCCAAUCAGCUGAACAUGUCUGCCGCCUGAACCUGCUUAUUGUCAUCUGCUAUAUGUUGUCGUCCCUUGCAGCAACAAAGUUUUGAAUUGAAGAUCGUGUACUGCAGGUUCAGAUCAUAUUUAGACCUUAAACCCUAUUAAAGAUUAAAAUUAGUGUGUGUAAUUCAACAUUAACCAAUAGUUUGACUCUACAGAGCAAUAAGAGACCCAGGCAAAGAUGGUAUUACAUACUCAGCACAGCACAACAGCCUAACCCAGAUUUCUCAUUUUGGGGGGAAAUAAGAAGCUUUGAGUGGCUGUAAUCACCUUAUUGACCAUUUUGUAGCUCCAAGAUGGAGCUAUUGUUCACAGAAGAAAAUCAUAUUAACAGAUAAACAUACAAGUCUGAAAACUAGAUGUAGUGCCAAAUGUUUAAUACUGCACUAUUCAAGCCAGGCUAGUUUUUUGGUUGCGAAGCUCGUUGACCACUUCACAUUUGAAAAAGGAAUUUAAUUUUUUUUUUUUAGAUUUUACCUCUGGAUCAUCAUGUUUGUCAUAAAAAUAAUUUGGUGCAUGUACAAUAAACCACAUAUUGUCUGGUUUAAUGAUGACAUUAAACAUGGGGAAAAGAUGAAUAUGCUGUCAUAUAUAUGUUUGAAGCUCAUUUAGAGAUUCUUUAAUUUUAAGAAAUCUGAGUGUGCUUCUGUCAGAGAAAUGUCAACACUGCAUCCCAUUUCUUGCUAUUGCUGUUGUGCUCUGGCACAGUCUCGUGACUGCUUAGCCGCUGUCCAGGUUGGUAAAUAAUUAAAGAAAAAAUUUGAACAAUAAGGCAAUUGAAGUAAGGUGGCAAACUAAGGAAAGCAGGCAACUGACUAUGGACUCAGAGUUAGUUAGUUUGGUAAUGUGCAACAAUAAAGCACAGAAGUAACUGGCAUGAUAAAGACCUUAUAGUAGCUCCAAAUUCACUGCUGAAUUGAAUUCAUGUAGACCAAACACAUCAACAGUGGACUGAUUUCACUCAGAGCACUAAUAUAUAUAAUACCUGACUUUGUUGCAGCAAAGACAGACAAGAUAGAGCCAGAAAGACGUGAUGGGACGUCUUUCAAUAUUUGUUCAUACCAGUGGGUUUCAAUGAUGUGUUUUUGGUUGUGCUCAUAUACAGUAUGUCUCUGUGUUGUGAUAUUUUCUCAAAAUGACACUACUUCCAUGCGUUUUAUGUGCCUCUUUUUUCUUUCCAACUGUGUGUUUUGCAAACUAAUGAGUCACCGAGCAAUCCAGAAUGUCAACAGCAGUCUAACUCCUUCUUUACAAGCUGCAGCUUAACCACACUUUUCCCCACUCUUCAUCUAGUUCCUUGUAACUAUUUGAAUGCUUUUGAAGUUACAGUGAAUGUCAGCAUGCUGGAGCAACAUUUUUUGGCAAACAAAAUGCCUAAUGUUCUAAUGAUUUUUAAAAAAAAUCUGAAUAUUUUUUUGCUGUUCAGCUUUUAUUGCUCAUUCGCUGUCUCAUUUUUAUAUUCCAGGAAGUUCCCUCUGAAGCAGGGAGUGUCUGCAUAUAAAAUGGUCUGCAGUUCUCUGCUUCAUAGAUGCCAUGUCCUCUUCUAUGACCAUGGAAGGCCCCCGCAGUGCUUUUUCCACCUCUUCCAGCUCCACCAUGCAUUCCAGUGCUUUAGUCGGUGACCAGAAUCCAGCUCACGGCAGCAAUGUCGAUCCAGAGGACCCCAGGAGUAGCCGAGUGGUGCCAGAGGUUGUCGCAGCAGAAAGUGGGAAUGGUAGCAGCAGCACCGGCGGGAACGGCAGGGGCAGCAGCGAGCAUGGAGGAGGACGAGGUGUAACAUCCCAGGAGGUCCAACAGCAUCACCAGAUGACCCCAUCGAAGCGCCGUACCAUAUUGAACAUCUCUCCACCUCCGCAAGACCUGUUUGACGAUAGUCGGAUGUCCUGCCAGGAUGAGGCGUCCCUGGACUCGGAGCAGAGCAACAGCAUCUGGAUGGACGACUCUCUGUCCAACUUCAGUGUCAUGAGCAGCGUCUCUUACAAUGACAACACAGAGGUGCCACGAAAGUCCCGCAAGCGAACCCCUCGCCAAAGGCCUGGUCCAAAGACUGCCCCUGCACAGGAAGCCAGCAUGGAUGUGUUUGAUGCAGACAGUGCCAAAGGUCCGCACUUUGUCCUCUCACAGCUUGGCCCUGAUAGCAAGACAGGAGCUAAAGGAAGCUCUGAUGAUCCUCAGACAGCAAAUCAGAAAGGAGGAACUCUUUCAAUGCAAUUCCCACAAAAGAGCGAGGGGAAGGAACUGAAGAUCGUCGUCCAGCCAGAGACUCAGCAUCGAGCUCGCUAUCUGACUGAAGGCAGCAGAGGGUCAGUGAAGGACCGGACUCAGCAGAGCUUCCCUACUAUUAAGCUGGAGGGUGUGAAUGAGCCAGUGGUUUUGCAGGUGUUUGUAGGAAACGACGCUGGCCGUGUGAAGCCUCAUGGAUUCUACCAGGCUUGCAGGGUCACCGGUCGGAACACCACGGCCUGCAAGGAGGUCGACAUUGAAGGCACAACUGUCAUCGAGGUGGCCCUUGACCCAAGCAGCAACAUGACACUAGCGGUGGACUGUGUUGGGAUCUUGAAGCUCCGUAAUGCUGAUGUCGAGGCUCGUAUUGGUGUCGCUGGUUCCAAGAAGAAGAGCACUCGAGCUCGGCUGGUGUUUCGGGUUAACAUCCCCCGUCCAGAUGGAUCAGUGCUCACACUACAGACUCCCUCAUCUCCAAUCCUGUGCACCCAGCCUGCAGGGGUGCCUGAAAUACUGAAGAAGUCGCUGCACAGUUGUUCAGUGAGGGGAGGCGAGGAGGUCUUCAUCAUUGGCAAAAACUUCCUCAAAGACACCAAAGUCGUAUUUCAUGAAAAUGUUUCCGAUGAGAAAUCGUGGAAGGCAGAGGCUGAAAUUGAUAUGGAGCUAUUCCACCAGAAUCACUUGAUAGUGAAGGUUCCUCCAUACCAGAACCCAGCCGUCACGUCUUCAGUGUGUGUGGGAAUCUACGUGGUGACGAACGCUGGGAGAUCUCAUGAUGUUCAGCCUUUCACCUACACUCCAGAUCCAGCAAAAAAUGAAGUUCCUGUGAAGAAAGAGGCACCUUCUCCAGUGAAGACUUGCUCUUUUGAUGAGCAAAUUAAAGUUCUAGAUGGUGCCUUGAUGUCUUCAAUGUUGCCUUUAGUGAAGAGAGAAGAUGUCACUCCAAUGGAGGUGACAAGCAACCUUCAAUCUUCUGGAGUGUUUAAGACUGGUGACUUGUGUCCAGCCCAGCAGAACUCAGACAUGACGGCAGGACAUCUAAAUAAAAGCAGAGCAUUCCCCAGCAGCCUGGCUCAACCUGCAGGCGAUCCUGAUAAAGGCCAGAGUCCUGUUUUUACCAACACUGAGCCCUUAAGCACCAUCCAGAAGCAGGACAUUGCUACCAGCAGUUCGUUCUCUGUGCCUGCAGACUCUCUACUUCAGCAAAGCUCACAGCAGUUUCUUCUGGAGCCCAGAGAUGGCCUGAGGCAGGAGAGGCCAGGCAACACUUCUGGAGCUGUGUCGAGGUUGUGUGGGGAACCUGCAUCCCAACAGCAGCAGCUGCCGAUGUUCCCUCCAGACGAAGUAGCCCAGCUGGAGGAAGCUGUGAGACAACUUAAAGCCAAAGGCUUCUGUAACUUACCGCUUCAGUCCGACAGCUCUAUAGCCAAACAGCAGCAGCAGCAUAUCCAGCACCAGCAACAGAUCCAAAAACAGCAAAUCCAACAGCAACAACAGCAACAAAUCCAGCAACAACAGUUUCAACAGCAGCAACAGCAGCAGGUUUUGGAGAAUUUACAGCAGCAGCUGUUUCAGUCACAGAUUCAGAUGCAGUGCAGCAUGUUUCAGGAUGCCUCCCAGGGCAAGAAUGCUGAACGUCAGGGAUCAUCACAAGGAGUGGUGCCAAAUCAGGGGUCUCUUUUCCAGCCGACCCAACAGCAGCAGCAACAACAACAGCAGCAACAGCAGCAACAAGCAGCGCUUUUUCAGCAGGCAAAUGACCUUCUUUCGAUUCAGACCAACUUCCUCCAGCAGUCAUCCUCUCACCCUUCACCACCCAUGUUCCAUAAUCCCAGCUCAUUGGCUGAAACACAAGAUCCACAGGGAGCUCUCUUUCAGAAACCCUCCCAAGAGCAGGUCCAGGCUGCUCUCUUCCAAACCACCAUGACAGUGCUUCAGUCUCCAGAGCAGCAACCCUCAACCCCUGGACUUUUCCUUCCCCAGACCCCGCUGCCCUCUCAGCUUUCAACCAGUAGCUCUCAACAACAACAGCAGCAGCAGCAACAGCAGCAACAGCAGCUGGCCUUCCUCGGUGCUCUGCAAUCUUCUUCCCCUGAACCACAGUCAGUAUUUCAGACCCAGACCCAGAUCUCCCCCAUCCAGCAGAGAAGCCCUCUGGAACAGCAGCAGCCCUCCCAGCCUCAGCCCCACACACAGCCAGCCCAGCCGGCUUCCAUGUUUCAGACCAUCUCCCCACAUCCAUCUGCAAACACACUCUCUCCAGGCCAGCAGCAGCAACAGCAGGCCGGCCUACUCUUUUGCAGCAAUGCCAUGUCCACACCAGACCAGGCCUCCGGCCUCCUGUUCAACAGCCAGGGCCAGAUGCCUCCCCUGACCAGCAGCAGUUUAGUUUCUCAAGAGCCCCAAAACCCCUCUAUGCUCUUUUCCCAAGCCAGCAUGGUGACAGUGAACCAGCAGGAUCGCUCUGAGCCCAUGGCCUUAGGAAACCCCACUGAUCCACGACAAGUCAUGUUUCAGGAGCAACAGCCGAUGCAGCUCGGUAACAGCAGCAACAACCGGCAGGAACAGCCUGUGGGCCUGUUCAUGCCUCAGUCCAAUAUGGCCUCUCUGCAAGGGGGACUGGCUGCUCAGGAGCUCGCACAGUCAGCCAUGUUUGCCUCUCAAAAUGGUGUGGCAAACCUCCAGACAACCACCUCCUCCCCUGUUCAACAGCCGGGAACUCUGUUUCAAACCGCUGUAAGUGGGAGCAUCAAUCAGCCCAGUCGGCCUCAAGAACCAGGCCUGUUCCUCUUCACUAUUCAGAACGAAUGUGGCCAGUUGAUGAACACUCCUGGAAACACGCUGUCAGAUCAGAUUAUAGCAAUCAGCCAGUCUGGUCAGAACCAAAGAGAGAGUGAUGCACACAUCCAGUCCCUGCUCAGCCAGUCGCUGUCUCAGUCUGGAUCUGUGCAGAGCAGCAUGUCGGCCUCUCAGAACAUGGAGAAGAUUGAUGACCUGCUGGUCAGCCUGCAGGAGUCGGGUAGCAAUUUAACUCGCUCAUACUAACCUUCUUACGGUGCAGUGUAUGUUUUUCACUGCUAAAAUCUGGAAAGGUUGUACAUUGUAGACAAAAAUGGUUCAAAUAUUAUCUGUUAAAAAUGACAUGCAGGUAAACAUUUGUGAAUAAGCCCUGAAUUAUGUGCUCAUAUCUGAUCACUAAAUGUUUUUUCUUCUGCUCAUAAACACAUGAUUUGGUCUUCUUCAAACAUUUUAAAGUGGCCUUGUUGAGCCAGUCUCAUCUUAAAAAAAGAAAUGGCAGAAUAUGUGACAUAAAUGCAUGGCUGUGAACAUGAAGACAAACUAAGAUAAACUUCAGAUCCGGAUAAAUUCAGCAUGAAUUUGUUUUGGAAUUUUUUGGCUGAGCCAGUUGGCCAAGAAAAGUGAACUACUUACAUAGUGACUGAUUGAUUCCCCGUUUGUAAAACUUAUGUGAAAAUAAAGAUAAAAUAGAGACUCCAGGCGAGAAUAACGUGAGAAAUUUCAUCUUUACUCUCCGAUGAGAGAAGUAGAAUUUGGCUCUUGUCUUCAGCUUUCUGUCUGGAGAGAAAAUUACAUAUCAGGCUUGGGAUUCAUUUAACUGUUGUUUUUAUCUGUAUGUAAGUUAUCAGCAGCACCUUCCGAUUCUUGUGUUGUUUUCUAAAAUGUUCUCCAAAGUGUUUAGUGGUUUCCAUGAAUAGUGUUCCCUUUAACACUUUAUUUUGUUAUCUUGUUCCAUUGAGGGUGGAGUGUAUGGGAUGUCAAGAAGGCUUUGACAAAGUAUAGCAAGUAUGGAUGAGUACAGAGAAGACGUUGAAGGUAGCCGCUGUAGACAUGGUGUGAAAUUAUUUUCACCAGACAGUACAGAAAGGGUUAGAGAAGUAGAGAGGAAGCAGAGAAGUGAGAAGUGGACGGAGUAUAGAUAUGAAUAGAACAGUGAAGGUCGAUCAUGUGUAUGGGUGCUCAUAAUUUCAGUGUUGUAGCAGCUAGCUUGGACCUGACAAUAUGAAUAAUUUCACUCUAGGUGCCUCUGAUGGACCUAGAAGUGACUUUGGUGUCAUUAAUGACAUGAUAUAAAAGCUCAGAUGCUCAGUAGGCAUAUUAUACAUGUGUUAUUUACAGAACUAAAGUAAUGUUGUACAUUCUCCUAAAGCCUGGAUAAAUUAGUCGCUUUAUUACAAUCGUACCUAUAAAAUAAAAUUUAUAGUUCGGCAAGUGCGAUGAAGAGACUCACCUUCAGCUGGGAAAAUAAUCUUUCAUUAUUCAGGACAUUUUUUAUUUCCACCACAGUCUACAGACAAGACUGUAAUGUGGGUAAUCAAAUAUGUGUUCAGACUAACAUAUUUUAUUACGUUACAAACUGUGGUGGUGGAGAUAAAAACGAAUACUGACAGACAGACGUACUUCCAUGUAUAAUCGGCACUUUUUGAUGCUGUUCUUUGUGACCACUUUUCUCAUCGAGGGUACAACAGUCCCACAAGAGUCCGUUCUUUUUUUCUGCCGCCUCUCCCUCAUUGUUUACAGUGAAGAUAUUGCGGUGCAUCUUAAUGCCAGUCAUGUUACAGCUUUCACUACUCAUUCCCAAAAACCAAAUGAGGAAAAAUGCGGAUCAAGACGUUUUCAUUCAGUCAAUGUAAUUUCAGUUGACAUGUAACUCUUAUUUAAAUACAUGCGCCUAGAGUAGAGAGGAUAGAAUGUAAUAUAUUAUUUUCAUCAUGAGAGAUCAUUAUGUGUUUUUAGUGUCAUUUUUAUGGCUUCUUUCUGCGUCAGGCACGCAUGAACUGGAAUAGUAUUCUUAAACCAGCUAGAAAAGAGCCUUUUCACCAGUUUUAUAAAUGUGAUGGAUUUAGUGAAUGUCAAGGAGAAGCAACAGUUCAAUGCUGUAGCUGCACAUCUCAUCCAGGUUAUGGUAUUAACAGGCAGGAAUAGAGCCCAUUUGACAUGUUUUCUUGUAAAUGCAAACUGUACAAUUUUUACAGACUUAUUGUCCUCGUCUGUAGAUGGCCAGUGGCCUCAGGACCAAAGUUUGACUCGAAUCUUGCUUUGCAUAAAUCCUGAUGACAGGCCAGUUUUAUGGCUCGUGAACUUUUCUUUCUUUUUAGUGACUUGCGGCUUUAGGAUGAGUAUAGACAGAGAUUAUUUUUUGUCUCCUCAAUAUGUAGAUUUCAUUGUUAGGCAUCCUACUGUCACGUUUUUGUUUGUGUUUUGUGUUGUAUUGGCAAAAAAAAAAAAAAAAAACACAUUUGUGUCAUGUCUAGGUUCACUGUAAGUGUAUGCACGAACAAGGGGCUGGUCUCUGACGGUGACAAAAUUAGCUCUGUUUUAUGCCUCAUUGUUUGUCUUGUUUUCUGUGUACAGUUUGUUAUAAAUACAUUAACACCGUUACAUUUUAUACACUUCAAAAUCUGAAUUAGCUGUCGUUUUAUGAUGGAGAUUAUGUAAACUUGACUAAUGUGAUUUGUGGAACUACGGUGUGCCGGUUUGAGCAGUCUGAGUGGUUUUAAAGGGACCCUACUCCUGAAGGAAACCUGACUUUGGAGAAAAGAGCUAUCUGAGAUUGGCUUUCUUCAACUUGUGAAAUAGAAGAACUAAUAUUUCCAUUGUUGAGUAUUUAUGAUUUUAUUUGCUUUUGUUUGUAGAAAGACUCUUAUCUUUUUUUUUUUUAAUUUAGUGCCUGUGCCUCUUUUCAGAGAAGCAAACCUAAUUUAUUUGUGUGUUGGUUGUUUUCAAAAUUGUUUUCUGUAAUCAUGGUUUUGUUUCUAACUGUACUGAUGGCAGCAAUGUGAUUUGGCCCUGACACCUUCUGAUACUUUAACUGGCACCUUGUGAUGUUGGUGGUGGUGCCUUUGAAUUAAUAGCGUGCAUCAUACACGAUAAAUGAAAUAGAGAUUAUUGUGCACAGUUACCCCUUUUGACGUAUUAGACGAUGUAGAUAUAAACAUUAAUGUAUAUAUCACAUGUUUGUGGCUUGUAAUUGGACUACUGGCCCUGUACUCCUUUUUGACCAAAUAGGUAACAGCAGAGCAAAAUACCACCAAACUGUCGGACCAACAAAUUUAAGUAUUUAGGACUCAAUGUGCUUAUAUGGUGGCUGGAAAAGUUUUACUUUUUCAUACAGAAUGUUUUAAUGCACAAAGUGGGGAGGUAAUUACUUUUUUGAAAUUACAGUUACCUCAUUCGUGUAUUUACAACAUCCCUGGAGAUCAUAGAUAUAGGAAUGUGACUAAAUACAUAGUCAUUACUAAUUGUAUGGAAAAUAGGCAGAUUGUUGUGAGAAAUUCCAAUUUUUCUCAAGAUGCCACAAGCUCUUUCUCUGUUUAUUAUGUUAGAACAAGAUGUGGGUUUCCUGUAACAUCACUAGUUAAUUUAUUAUCAUCAAAUUAAGUCACAGGUGUUCAGACAGUUAUUUUUUCCCUAAAAUGUCAUUUAAGACACUAAUAGAGAUUGUACAUGUGCCUUGAGGAGAUGCUGUCGUCGCAAUCAGAUUGAUGUUUUACCAUUGUUGCCUGUUUAACAUCUCGCUGGCCCAGCCAGUGAUGAUUAGCCCUCAUUAACUAGAAUAUUUUAAGCCAUAACACUUUAAGUGUGCUUUAAAUGCUCGACAACGGUGACCAGAUUAAUGUGGUUGUAGUGGAUAAAUGUGUUGUGCAAUUUCUGUCAUGCAUCUAACUUGUUUGUACUGAAGUAUCCAUUGCAUUUAUGUUGUUCAACGUAGAUGCAGACAAUUUUUCUCUGAAACUGCUAUGCAGCUAAUAUACUUUAAAUGUAGAUCUAUUAGUUUUUGAAUAUAUAUUUUUCUAUAUAGUGUCUCCUGUUUUCAACAUAAAGGAGAAACCAAAAUAGAUGUUCUUUCUAUUAUUUAUGUUGCUUGUUAAAAUUUUCUGAUGCUUUGAGUGCUGCCUGAAACUGAUUUUAAUUCUUUUACUCAGUUAAAAUGCAAAUUUUUCCUCUCAACAACCAUCUGAGAGAAGGGGUCACUGAAUGUUUGUUCACUUCUAUCAAAGUGAAUCAUUCCUCUAGUGAACAGCCGAAGAGGGAAAAUUUGCCUUUUUGUUUCUAACCAUGUGAACAAUGUCAAAUAAUCACCCUAAGAAAAACAACUGUCUAUGUAUUUGACUUUUGUUGGGAUAUUUUUAUUCUCUUGCAAUUAAGUUUCUGUAAACUUGCUGCUGUCUAUAUUAAACAUAUAUACUUUAAA